CUGGAACGUCAGCCAAGAUUCUAAAAAAUUGAACUUUACCGCGACGUCCUCACAACGUCGCCAUAAAGUAAUGUCGCGCUGACCAAAGGACGACGAGUUUACUGUCUCGAUGUGAGGUCAUGGGGACUUUCUGAAACAAAUCCAGGAACACAUAUUGUUCUGAUACUGAAUGUGGAAAUCCCCCUACUGUAGCAUCCAUUGACCGCAGCUUGGCAAACAUGUGAAAGCAAUCUGAAAGCAAAACUGGACAUGAAUGACGACGCGAGAAAUGCAUACAUUCUUUUUGUGAACUAACUAGGCUUUACCGAUGUCAUUAUGAAGACGAUUUUAUCCAACGCGACUUACAAUUGGGGAAUACAUAAGCGAUUCAUCUUGAAGAGGCAAUCAGACAAAGGAAGUGCUCGCAACACCAAGUCUCAGGGAGUCUUCAGGUGGUUCUGAGCCAGAUAGAGAAGGAGAAAAACACAGGAGAAAUGGUCUAUCAGCAUCCUUUGCAAUAAAUCUAAAUCUAACUUCCCAGCAGCAGAAAUCAAGUUUAAACGCCUUAAUUACUCAACGAUGAAUGAAACUGCCUGAAGAGAAUGAAUACCAUCCUGUAAAUCUACUAAUUAAGUGAGGAAUAAUCUAAUAAUGAUCCGUUUUAAUGCACAAGAAAUUUAAGGCACCCAUCAGACCAUGCAACUAAUGUGAAAACUGUGCAGUACCAAUGACGUGACAAAUGUUUCCUCAGCACUCAUAUUAACACAUUAAGCAAACUCUACUGAGAUUUGUGUUACCAUGAUCAUUUUCAGCAUUACUGUUCUUCUUGCGAUUGUUCCUUUUAAUGAACUUUGUGCUUGUGGAUGUGCACGUGCUGAAUAUGAGAUAGACAAUCAGUGCUGCCCCAUGUGUGCUCCUGGGAACCAUGUUCACUGGCACUGCAGAGAUGAUACCAGCACAACUUGUGUUCCAUGCCCUGAAUUCACUUUUAGUGAUGAACCGAAUGGCCUCAUGAAAUGCUUUCCCUGUACUGUUUGUCAUGCAACCCGAGGUUUAAGAGUGAAUAAAGCAUGUACUCCGUCAUCAGAUAGUGUUUGUGGGCCACUGGAGAGAUUCUACUGCACUGACAAAAUGAAAGGCAGCUGCAUUUCAGCUGUGCAACAUUCUGAAUGUAGCCCUGGACAAUAUAUCAAACAAGCAGGUACUGGCUCCACAGAUACUGUAUGUGCUGACUGUACAGGUGACACAUAUUCAAAUGGAUCGUUCUCAUCCUGUUUACCACACACAAAAUGUGAGGACAUGGGACUUACUGAAACAAAUCCAGGAACAUAUUCUUCUGAUACUGAAUGUGGAAAUCCCCAUACUGCUGUAACAAUCAUUUCGCUUAGUGUUGUAGUUAUUUUAAUAUUAAGUGUUUUCACAGUUAUACUUAUUCUGAAAAAGAAACCAUCUCACAAAUCUGGAAACAGAAAAGUACUUAAAUGAAAAAGCCAGUUCAAAAGUUGUUGCUGGCCGAAAGAAUAUUGAGGCAGGCAGACUGGAAGAACAAGCCCUAACAACAGUUUCGACUCGAUCCGCAUGAAGGAGUUUUCAUGUCUGAAGUCCAGCAGCUACCUCAACAAAAACCCUUUGAAACAAACUGAGAGGCACUUAGGAUUUUCUUUUGAAGUAUUGUAUGUUCCAAGCCUCAAAGAAAAAUGUAGCAGCAAUAUGAAUGAGCUAACAUAACCAUAUUACAAAACUGUAUAUUGUAUAUCUCAACCCAUUCUCACUCCCAAGGCGUCAAAAACUGAAGCAUGGUCAAACGCCUUUCGCGUCACUAUGAAGACGCCAAAAGUGCCCCUAGGCGUCAGUAUAUGACAAAAUAGGAUCUCCAUUGCUAAAAAUGAACUUUGGCAAAAGGAAUCUUUCCGGCUCUGACUGCAUUGGUUUAGCUUAUGGGGCUGUCACGUGAUGAACGAACGACUCAAGCCCGAAGGCUUGUCAGAUAAGAGGUGAGGUGAGCUAAUCAAGACCCAGGUAAACAAUGAAUUAAUCUUUUCUGUUUCUUAUAGCAUUAUAGUUUGUAUUGUUUGUAGUGUGAUCAACGUUUGCAUAAGUAGUAGAUGUGUUAGGGAAGUAGCACGUAACAUUUUAAUUAUAUUUUGCUAAAAUGAACGAAAUGACUCGAAAAAAGAUUCGUUCAUUUUGCUGAACGAGACUCAAAGGUCCGAGUCAGUAAAAUGAUCCGAACUUCCCAUCACUACAUCUCAUUCAAAAAGAUACUCCCGUCCCGUAGCAUAACGCAAUUGGUCACGAGACACAGAAGAGCCAAUAGCCUGUCAAAACAGCAUAACGUAAUCGGUCACGAGACACACAAGAGCCAAUAGCAGGUAUAUGGGAGGGAGAAAAAAAAAAAAAAAGUGCAAAAAAUUCAAUAAUUAAACACUGUUUGGUUUGUAUCAGACACUUGCACAUAACAUAUGAAAAUCAAGCUCAAAUGGAGUUAACUGUUUUUGACCAGAGAAUGACGGAGAUGGAGUGUUUUGUCUGUCAUUAGAAUGGCUGUAACUGUUAUUUGAAGCAGCAAGUGCAUUGCAUUAUAUACUUUCAUCAACUUUUACAGGUUAUAUAACUUUGAUUGUAGCUAUAUGGACGCUUAGUUUUUUCUUGAUGUUUAAUACACUUGGCCAAAAUCUCAAAUUAAGCGCUUAUGCACAGGAUAUUAAAACGUAGCCUACACAAGUAUAUAGACGGCAAAUAACUAAUUCUUCUCCACUCUUCAAACACACAAAAACAUUAUCCUUUACAGACAUAGUGUUUGAGUAAAGAAAACGCUGUACUAUUCAAACAUCAAUUAUUUAUUUACUCUUGCAUUACGAAAAAGCAGAGAUCCGUCUCCUCCAGGCUGUGCGCGGCGAGUCAAUCUGAAUGGAGGCGGGGUGAAGUUACGAGGUCUCGCUGAGAGCUCGAUGAUCCAAUGGCGUUACGAAGUUUUACUGACAAGUUAUUUUAGUGCUUAUCAUUGGUUAACUAUUUUUAAAACACUCCGAUUUAAAAUAAUAAAAACAAAUUAUAAUCGACUCAAGUUUGGAUAAUUUUUCACAGCACCUGACUGGGCUAGGGUAUGGCAACUGCCAUACGCAAACGCCGCCCCUGCUCGGAAGACUUGGAAUAUUAAUAUUUUUGAAUAAAUUAUGACGGUAGUUGUAUCUGCCUGUUAUAUCUUGUGUUUUAUUGACAAAUGGUAGAUUUAGGGGCAGGGGUUGGGAUAUGUGCUCAUAAUGUGUAAAUAAUGUAAUAUAAAUAAAACUGUUGUGGCCGAUUUGAUUGCACAGAUACUAUUUAAACUAAACUGAGCUAGACAAUGACAUCUCUGAAUUCAAUAAUGAAAUGCCUUUAACUGAAAAUUGAGUGUUUAAUCUUAUCAUUAUACAUUACUGACACUCUAUCCUCCAAUUUGAUACUGUUAAGUGCUUUGACACAAUCUGUAUUGUAAAAGCGCUAUAUAAAUAAAGGUGACUUGACUUGACUUGUUUACAUUGGGGAAAAAAAAAAAAAAAAAUCACACCCCAACAUAUAUGCAAUAAUGGCAAUGUUAUUACCCAAUAUAUAAUUUAAUUAUGACGAUAAAAUUCCCAGUAUGGCGUCGGCAUAUUGACGCUAAGGGUUUCCGAUUUAAAACAACGGAGGACCCUGCAAGUCGAAAAAUGACGCUAAGGGGUACCUUGAGCGUCAAAAAGCGACGCCAAGUGGUCCUGACCAAGCUUCAAUAUGUGACGAGUUGGGUGUGAGAAUGGGUUGUAUAUCUGCAUUAUUCACUUUCUAAAACACUUUUUUAAAGAAAAGGAAUGUUAAAUUAUAGUUUUGUGUCAAUAAAUAUUUUUAUAGAUUCAUUGAAGUAUUGUAAUAAACCUCUCUUUAUGUUUUCUUA